AUGGUUGCCAUCGGUAUCCGAUCUAUCCUCUGCAUUCUGGGAAUUGCUUCCCUUGUUACAUCUGCCGCCGUCGAAACCACAUCACCCGCUGUCGACACCGUCCAACGAUGGCAGCUGACUCAAUAUUGCACCGAGUUCUAUACCGUCAGUAACGGAGACACCUGCUGGGACAUCAUUGUGCGGAACCAGAAUAGGUUCACCAUGAGCCAGCUUCUGUGCUGGAACAACGAUAUCAACCCGUGGUGCUCGAAUCUCAUUCCGGGCCGACAGGUCUGUGUUGGAGUCCAGCGUCCUGGGCCAGUCUGCUAA